CGCGGCCUCCCGGCGCCGGCCCACGGUCGCCAACCUGGAGCGGCGGGGGCGUCUUGCGAGGCGGGCGCGGCCGACUUCGGGGCCCGGGAUGGCGUCGAGAGCGGGUCCCCAGGACCGGGAAGGGCUCCUGAUCGUGAAGCUGGAGGAAGACUGCGCCUGGAGCCAGGAGCCGCCUCCACCCGACGCCGGGCCCAGCCCCGAGGCCUCCCACCUGCGCUUCCGACGGUUCCGCUUCCAAGAGGCCGCGGGGCCCCGGGAGGCGCUCAGCCGGCUGCAGGAGCUGUGCCACGGCUGGCUGCGGCCCGAGCUGCGCACCAAGGAGCAGAUCCUGGAGCUGCUGGUGCUGGAGCAGUUCCUGACCAUCCUGCCGCAGGAGAUCCAGAGCAGGGUGCAGGAGCUGCACCCCGAGAGCGGCGAGGAGGCCGUGAGCCUGGUGGAGGAUAUGCAGAGAGAGCUCGGGAGACUGAGGCAGCAGGUCACAAACCAUGGGCGGGGAACAGAAGUGCUUUUGGAGGAGCCUUUGCCUCUGGAAACAGCACGCGAGUCAGCGAGCUUCAAGCUGGAGCCCAUGGAGACUGAGCGAAGCCCUGGCCCCAGGCUGCAGAAGCUGCUAGGCCCCAGCCCCCAAAGGGACCCCCAGGCUGUAAAGGAGAGGGCAUUAUCUGCUCCCUGGCUUUCUCUCUUUCCUCCUGAAGGGAACAUGGAAGACAAGGAGAUGGCUGGGUCCCAGUUGCCGGAGAGCUUAGAGGACGUGGCUAUGUACAUCUCCCAGGAGGAGUGGGGGCAGCAGGGGCUAAAUAAGAGGAUGCUCUCCCAGGACAUGGAGCAGGAAACUUACGACAAUGUGGAUGUGCUGGAGUCUCAGGUUACCAGUCAUGAGGUGCUAAACACACAAAUGGAACAAGGGGAAAAGCUGUGGGACCCCAGUUACAAGGACUGCAAAGAGGGCCUGCGGCUUCGAAGCCCAGCUCCAGGUCAAGAGAAAUUUGAGAACCAAGAAGAAAAUGGUCAUUGUGUUUUUCCUGAGAAUGUUCAUCCUCAGGGGCUGCUCCCUGGUCAGGCCAGAGGGGAGAUGUCUUGGAGUCCUGAAAAGGGCAGGUCUCAAGACAGGGCAGAAGGGCACUGGGAGCCUCACUCUGAGGAGCGGAUAGAGCAGUCUUUACUGGGGACUACAGGCUACAGAGAACUGGGGCGACCAAAGGAACUGCAGCCAAAGAAGCUUCAUUUGUGUCCAAUGUGUGGCAAAAAUUUUUCUAACAACUCGAACUUGGUUAGGCACCAGAGAAUACAUGCAGCGGAAAGACUGUGUAUGGGUGUAGAGUGCAGUGAACUCUUUGGUGGGAAUCCCCACUUUUUAUCACUGCACCGAGCACACUUGGGAGAGGAAGCCCACAAAUGCCUUGAGUGUGGAAAGAGUUUCAGUCAGAAUACACAUCUCACCCGCCAUCAGCGUACACACACGGGUGAGAAGCCUUACCAGUGUAAUGUGUGUGGAAAAAGCUUCUCUUGCAACUCUAACCUGCACAGACACCAGAGAACGCACACAGGUGAAAAGCCCUACAAGUGUCCUGAGUGCGGGGAGAUCUUUGCUCACAGUUCCAACCUCCUCAGGCACCAGAGAAUUCACACGGGAGAGAGACCCUAUAAGUGUGCUGAGUGUGGAAAAAGUUUUUCUCGUAGUUCGCAUCUUGUCAUACACGAAAGAACCCAUGAGAAAGAGAGGCUUUUCCCCUUCUCUGAGUGUGGGGAAGCAGUGAGCAACAGCACCCCAUUUCUGACACAUCACACAAUCCCCAAGGCAGAGAAGAAACUUUUUGAAUGUUUGACUUGUGGAAAAAGCUUCCGGCAAGGCAUGCACCUCACCAGACACCAGAGGACACACACUGGAGAAAAACCAUAUAAAUGUACCCAUUGUGGGGAAAAUUUCUCUCAUAGAUCCAACCUAAUCAGGCAUCAGAGAGUUCACACAGGAGAGAAGCCUUACACCUGUCAUGAGUGUGGAGACAGUUUUUCUCACAGCUCCAAUCGGAUUCGUCACUUGAGGACCCACACAGGAGAGAGACCCUAUAAAUGUAAUGAAUGUGGAGAAAGCUUUUCUCGGAGUUCCCGCCUCAUGAGCCACCAGAGGACUCACACUGGAUAAAACGAUGGGAUUCCUCUGGCCUGGAUGCCCUGGCAUGUUCAGAGGGUCCUAACGUUAGCUGGCAUUCCUUGCUCAGCUGACAAAUGGCUUGACAUUUUCACAGUCAUUGGGAAAUAGGUGCAGAAGCUGCAAUGGAUUUGUCCAAAACUGAAAAGAAAUCUGUCAGAACUGAUGAUGACAAGUCUGAGAGGCUUUGCUCAGGGCAGAAUCCCUGGGUUCCUCCCUGUGCCUGGUGCAUCUGCUCCACUGAUAAUAUAGCCAGCUUGUGAUUUGGGUGCCUUACUGUUUCCAGAGGCUCUUCCCCACAGUGGGAAUCUAUGAUUUUUUUAGUUCUGCUUUCUCACUUGGGACGUUCAGCAGCAGCUUCUAGAAACCACCUGGAGGCCACAGAAGACUGGUGUGUUGCAGCUUUCCCAAGCCUUCCUGGGAAGCACCUUGCCAUUUCCCUUACUCCUCAGCGACCACCACAGGAGGAUCAAUGGUCAGGUCAUAUACAUGAAGUUCAAUAGAAUCCAGCGACUUGAGGGAAGUAGGAAGAUGGAAUUUGUCGACCAGGGCAGGAAUUGGCAAAGGAAAUAGGAGCCUGCAUUAGUCUGCCUACCCUUUGCAGAACUCACUUCUAUCAGAGAAGGGAAAUAGUUUCUUGAGAAUGUGGAUCCUUGAAAUCCAUAUUAGGGAUCAUUCCUUUCCCUAUUGGAAAUGUUUGGUAAUAAAUAUCUUCAGGAAA